UAAGAUAACAUAAGAGAAACUGUUUGCUAAACAAAUUGCAAAAUAGCUAGCCGAAGCUCCGAGUCGGUCAAUCUAUUUCCACCAGUCCCCAUCCAGUACAGGCCAGCACUGCCGCUGCCGUGUCGCCACCGGCCCCCGGCUGGCUCUCCAGCGACUCCGUCGGCGGCUUGCCUUCCCGCGCCGCGCCGGGCCCGGAUCGCUCGCCCUUUCCGACUGUCCUGCUCAACGCCGCCACCAGCACGUCCUUUCCCGCGCCGGAGGUCCCGCUCGCCUGCCACAGCGGUGCGGCGCAAGCUCCCCCAAGCGUUUCUCAAGUGACGAGAAGAAGAAAGAGGGGGAGAAGGAGGUUGGCGUCAGUGGGUCCCGCGGACCAAUCAGCUAGAGAGCUGAGUGAUGUCUCGCAAGCGAUGAGGUCUUUCUUUCACCCUUUCCUCUCUCCUGCAUUGGAUUGGAAACCGGCUGAGGACGCCGUAGCGAUUAGGGAGUGCUAGUAUUGUACGUGUAAUGGUUGGAGAGUGCUUGACAGCCUCAUGAGAUCGGAUCGGAGGCCAUCAUUCCACGCACUGGUGAUGAAAAGCUCGCUUGGUGCCCCUAGCUAGCUAGUGGCGAAGCAAGGAAGCUAGCCAGCCAAGAUCCUGCUUGUGAGAAAAAAAAGGGAGUAGAUCCAGUAAUUUUAAGAAUCUGGUCAACAUACCUACGGCAAGAUGGCUGAUAUUGUAAUCCGCGACCUGGAGAGGGUAGUCAAAGUCGCACUUGCGAUCAAGAAGGCCGUGGAAACAGCUAAGCAGAACAAGGAGGAUUGCGUUAAGAUCGGUGAGCGUGCAGCUGAGGUCAGUACUCAUAUGAAGCGGCUGAAGGAGAAUACAAAAGCAAUGGAGGACCCUUUGAUGAGCGAUACGCUCAAGAGUAUGGAAGAGACACUCCAACGCGCUCUUAAGCUCGUCAACGAGUGCCAGAGGAAGCACGUCGUGCUCCAUUACUUAAAUGCCGGCGGCAUGUCCAAGAAGCUGCGCCAGGUGCAGGAGGAUAUAUCAUAUAAAUUGUGGAAUGGGGUCUUGGCCACCGUUGUCGACACAAGGAUUGCUUUGGAAAAGCAGAUCCAAUCUGCUAUUGAUGCCCCUCUGCACCAACACCAACAGCGUGCAGGGCAGGUGGAAACCUCACAAAGUAGUCAUUCAAGAACUGAUCAAGCUAGCGAGAAAGGAAAGGCCAUGUUAGCAAGAGUAAAAAGGGAGCAGUCUGAACUUUUGUCUGGUGUUCCUCAGUUCAGUUUGUCUCAACUGAACGCUGCUACAAACGAAUUUUCAGAGGGCUGUGUGGUUGAAAGAGGCUACUACAAGGGAGUAUUACACGACGGACUAGAUGUUGCCAUCAAGAAGUUAGCAGUCUCUGAUGAUACUCAAGAGAGGCGCCUGCAACUUGAGCUUAAUAUUCGUGCAAAGCUUGAACAUGGAAACAUACUUAAACUUCUGGGAUAUUGCCUCGAUGCCCAAGAAAAAGAAAAGCUAUACUUUCUGGUCGAAGAAUACAUACCGAAUGUUGAAAGCUUGGAGAAAUUUAUUAAUGUCUCUCGACUCGAUUGGUCCUCGUGUUUCAAGAUAAUUCAGGGGAUAGCAAAGGGCUUACAUUGCUUACAUAAGCAUCAUAUUCUCUAUAUGGAUUUGAAUCCAGCCAACAUCCUCGUCCGUUCAGAUAUGAAUCCUGUGGUCAUCAAUUUUGGAUCAUCAAUAGUGCUGGAUCGUGAUGAUGAUAAGGUCACCGGGGAUGCCGUAGCAGGCACACUGGGUUAUGUCGCUCCAGAAAAACUUAUGGAAGCUUAUGCAUCAAUGAUGUCUGAUGUGUUCUCUUUUGGAAUCAUCAUCAUUGAGAUCAUUACCGGCAGGAGAGCUUCACCUUUCGUUGAUUUACCGGAAUGGGGUUCAGUUGAUGAGAUGAUUACAUCAGCGAAAGGGUUAUUUGAUCCGGCGCUAGCUAACGAGUCUCAGCUGAUGAAGAUUAAUAGGUGCAGAGAGGUCGGACUGAAGUGCAUUGAGCGGGAUCCGAAACGUCGGCCUACCAUGGGAAAUGUCCUUGAGAUGCUAAGUAGCUAGAGUGACAGGCACCGAUUUGAGGUGUUCUCGGUUAGGAGUGGAUUGAAGCGGAUUAGAGAUAAUCAAAUCUCUUGCUAGUCAAAACUGAAUAGAAAUGGGUUUACUUUCCCUCAAUCCCCUCCUACCUAUGCAACCAAACAAGGCCUUAUGGGUUUCAACAAUUUGGUUUGAUGUAUUGUCACAAAUUGAUCAUUUGUAACAUUCAAGAUUUAUGCGCAAAUGUAUUGGCGUGUGGAUUAGAGAGUUUCUAUCUUAUAGGCUGGCUCUUGAAUGAUAUGGCAAACAUAAGCUAGCAAACCAGUUCAACUACUGAGGGUGCACAUGAACCUCGUGUUUACUAGCAUUUUUUUUUCGUAUGCUAUUUCCUAGUUCAAGUUUGCAUCUCAAACCUUUUUCAUGUAUGUACAUGUAUUGUAAAUGUGUCAAGUGUUAAUUUUAUUGAAACAAUUGAAAUGUGUAUUUUUUAAUUA